CAAACUUCUUUCUGGUGAUUAGCUUCUCUCCCUGGCCUGUAGGUGGGUGUGUUUAACAGAAGGAAGGAGUAGGAAUGCGCCUGUCAGCCUGCCUUUGCAGCUAAUUAGCUCAGCAUACAGCAAAGAUAAGCAGUCCGGGGAGGUGGACCCUGCGGAGGGUCGUGGGGUUUGAGGCAAUGCCUGAUUGGGAGACGUGGGGAGAUUCCUCAGGAAUCCAGAGUUGGUACAGGACUUGCCUGACUCAGGCAUGAGGGCAGCUUGUGGCUGCUUUCUGGAAAAGCAGAGCAGAGAUGGACAGAACCUUGGAGUCUCUGCAACUUGUAAUUGCCCAAGUUCUGCCUCAUCGAGACCCUGCCCUGGUUUUUAAAGACUCAUUUUUAUGUCUUUGACAGUGAAUGUCGUAGCAAUAUUGCAGGAGUUCUGGGAAAGCAAACAGAAGCAGAAGGCCAUAUUCCCAAGUGAAGGCAUCAUUGUGUAUGAAUCACUGAGCUCCCUGGGCCCACCAUUUGUGAGCUAUGUUACCUUGCCGGGAGGAAGUUGCUUUGGUAACUUUCAGAGCUGCUUAAGCAGAGCAGAAGCAAGGCGAGAUGCUGCAAAAGUGGCUCUCAUCAACUCUCUCUUCAACGAACUUCCCUGUCGCAGGAUCACAAAGGAAUUCAUCAUAGAAAGUGUUCGGGAGGCUGUUUCCUCAACCAGUGGUAACCUAAAGGAUGCUGAUGACCCCAGCACUAGUAUUGGAGCCUAUCAUUACAUGCUAGAAUCAAACAUUGGAAAGACAAUGCUGGAAUUUCAGGAGUUGAUGAUUGUCUUUCAGCUUCUGCAUUGGAAUGGAAGCCUUAAAGCCCUACGUGAAACAAAGUGCUCCCGGCAGGAAGUAAUUUCCUACUACUCCCAGUAUUCCUUGGAUGAAAAGAUGAGAAGUCACAUGGCCCUGGACUGGAUUACGAAGGAACAAGAAUCUCCAGGAAUUAUUUCCCAAGAGCUGCAAGUGGCUCUUAGGGAACUGGAGGAAGUCAGGAAAGCUGGGCAAGAACUGAGGUUCUACAAAGAAAAGAAAGAAAUACUGAGCUUAGCACUGAGUCAGAUCUACAGUGAUCAGGUUACCACUUCUUCAUGGGACGAUCAAAUGAGCUUGGCCCUACAUGGCUAUCAGUAACCUUGAAGAAGGUGUUUGACUUCAAACUGUAACAUAUUUGUCUAGGUUGAAAAUAUCCCAUAUGUAAAUUGGUAACAUUCUUUCCCAUGGAUGUUUUAAUUUCUGUACCUAAAAGCACUGAUGUCCUUUUCAUUUCUACUUGGUGGAUAGAAAUAUUCUUCAGGUCAAACCAAAGCUACCAUGAAUAUUUUAUGUAGUACUGGUACUAAGAUAUAUGUAAACAUAAAUGGAGACAAACCACAGAAAACUUUUAUGGUACUCUGGAUAUUGACCUUGAUAUGGUACUCUGGAUUUGGAGUUCUGCAAAAAGGCUCUACAUUUUCCUUGCUGAAGAUGUAAAAAUUGUUGUCAGAAACCUACAGACUGUUAGCAAUAAAAGACAAAAAGGGCAGUUUAGGCACUGGUACGUUUUUACUCUCAGACUCCUUCACAGCAUCUGUGUAUCCUCUUGGCAGUUCAUUUAUUCUGUUUAUUCAAGGGUAGCAAGAAUCUUCCAAGCCAAAUAAUAAUAAUAAUAAUAAUAAAAGUUGCACACAACUAUUACUCUGGAUUCCAUGUGCUUCAAAACUCUGUUGCAGCCAUCAAGAUAUUACAAAGCAGUAAGGACAUAAAGAUGAGCAAAAAUUAGCAGACUGACCAGAUUCUGUCUGGUAUGGAUGCUAUGUGAUAACAGUCUGCCAGUCAGACUUUUUCUUUAUGUGCCUUUUCAAACUUACUUGCACUGCAACAAAUGCCUACUGAGAUUCAAGAUCUUUCCUUUCCCCAUACUGACUGCCAACAUAAUUCCUCUGCCAGAAGGUACUGUUCCUGGAGCAAAGUCAGCAGCAUAUACCUGUAUCAGGCAUGGGCUCAUAAUAACCAGCAUGUUAUCUUAGCAGAUGAUGAAGGCAGAAAGGUGCUAAGGCACUGGACAACUAAUCUGAGCACAUUUCUUUCUAGUUCUGCUUCUCAGAAGCUUCUGACAGAAGAAUGGACACCUGGCAAAGCUGUAGUUUAAAUCAACUCAGUAGUAGCAGAAGUAAUUUGUAAUUUAGUAAUUUUAAACACCGUCUAUUUCCACAUAAAAGAGAUAAAUAGUUCACCUGGAAGAGAAACAGGUUGGGGAAAAAUCAUUUUUUUCCCUGUUGGAAGUGGGCACACAAUUAAGUCAUGUCUCAUAAAAAAUAAAUAAAUAAAUAAAUAAAUAAAUAAAAGGGAAACAGAUCAGCAGUAAUAAUCCUGCUGCAAACCUGUUCACACCACUGCUGGGGAAGUGGUCAGCAGUAACAAUUCUGAUGCAGAACUAUGCAUACCACUGAUAGUGAGAGGAUGUGGGAUGGCUAUACAGUAUAGAUGCCCAGCACAGGGGGAGCCAAGCUGUCUUUAGAGCCUACCUACAGAAAUCACAGCUUGAAAAGGAACAGGAGUAGUGCAGAAUUUGAGAAAAUUGUGAUGGAAUUUUAUUUCUGAAGGAAGAAAAACAGACAUUGCUGUGUUCCUUUCUGCCUCCCUCUUCUUGUCUAUAGUACAUUAAUUUUCCAGAGGAAAGAAAAGAAAGCAGUCUCCCUCCACAGCAAUCUGAGAUCUCUGCCUAAGCUGAUAGUGGCACGGACUUUAAGAGUCUUGGAUUCUUCCUUUAUGCCCACUGAGGAGGGAAGAAUCUUAAUUUAUUGGCAGGAACCAACAAGUCCCAAGAGCAGAAAAUAAUUUUGAAGCAAUAUUGUUAUGUAAAAUGAAAAAUAGAUGGGGAAAAGAAAAAAAAAAAAAAAGUUGGCUAUUGAGCAAUAUACUAGUUAAUAAGAAACUUCAAUUUUUGUUUCUUUUGAAUGACACAUCAAAAGAGUGUACACAGCUGGCUGACUAUUACUCAAAAACCAUGUUUUAUUAACUGGAUGAGUAACUUUUUCUGACUUUUAAUACUUUGACAGGACCAUUUUAAACAUACUCUUCUUUCAGGACAUUCCAAAUAUACAACAAUAAAGUGAAAACAAUUUUCAUAUUGCAUCAACAGAUUAUGCAUACCACCUUGUGCAUUUAGGUUGAGUAAUUUAUGUAAUGGUUUGUCUCCCAUCAAUGCAGUAACUAAAUUAUUUCAAAAAGCAGAUUAUACACAAAGUACUGGGGAAAAAUGGAUUUUUGUUUGUUGAUCAGAUGAAGCAAUAAAUAAUUACACUACAAUGGA